AUGCUGAUCACCGCGUACUGUGUGCGGAGGGACCUCUCCGAGGUAACCUUCACCCUCCAGGUCAGCCCUGACUUUGAACUCCGCAACUUCCGGGUCCUCUGCGAGCUGGAGUCCGGAGUCCCCGCUGAAGACAUGCAGGUCAUCCACAUGGAGCGGCUCCUCGCUGACGACCACUGCUCCCUGGGCGCCUACGGCCUCAAAGACGGCGACGUAGUUGUUUUACUUGAGAAGGAGAUUGCGGGACCCCGGCCUCCAGGACGAGCCCCACACCAGCCCCGAAUGGAUUUCAGUGGCAUUGCUGUGCCCGGGACGUCGAGCUCCCGGCAGCAGCAGCAGCAGCCUCAGCGCGCCCCAGCAGCCCAGCAGUCCCAGCGGCUGGCCGGCGGGAAGAAGGUGGCAUCUGCUCGGGGUCUGGACAGCCCCACCCUGAUCCGCAGCAUGCUGCUGUCCAAUCCGCACGAUCUGUCCCUGCUGAAGGAACGCAACCCCCGCUUGGCAGAAGCUCUGCUCAGCGGGAACCUCGAGACAUUUUCUCAGGUCCUGAUGGAGCAGCAAUGGGAAAGGACUUUGAGAGAGCAAGAGAGGCUUCGCCUCUACUCUGCUGACCCAUUUGAUCUGGAAGCUCAGGCCAAAAUAGAAGAAGAAAUCCGGCAGCAAAACAUUGAAGAAAACAUGAACAUAGCGAUGGAAGAGGCUCCGGAGAGUUUCGGACAAGUGGCCAUGCUCUACAUUAACUGCAAAGUGAAUGGACAUCCUCUGAAGGCUUUUGUUGACUCGGGUGCCCAGAUGACCAUUAUGAGCCAAGCUUGUGCCGACAGAUGUAACAUCAUGAGGCUGGUGGAUCGACGAUGGGCUGGGGUUGCUAAAGGCGUCGGCACGCAGAGAAUUAUUGGCCGUGUUCAUCUAGCUCAGAUUCAGAUUGAAGGUGAUUUCUUACAAUGCUCUUUCUCUAUACUGGAAGAGCAGCCCAUGGAUAUGCUUCUAGGCCUAGACAUGCUCAAGAGACAUCAGUGUUCCAUUGAUUUGAAGAAAAACGUGCUGGUGAUUGGCACCACUGGCACACAGACUCAUUUUCUUCCCGAGGGAGAGUUACCUUCAUGUGCUAAGAUAGUCAGUGGUACUGGGCAAGAAGAGUCUUCAGACAUGGAAGUAGCAGAUACUAUUAAACAUUCAUUCAUGGAUUCAGGACGGAAAAAGCAUUGA